AUGGCAGCUGAAGCUCCCGCAUCAAACGGCACUGCUGGUGAGAGAAAUGCCAUUGGUAUCUCUUUCGGAAACUCCAACAGCUCAAUCGCCUACACAACUGUUGAAGAUAAAGCUGAAGUUAUUGCCAACGAAGAUGGAGAUCGUCAAAUUCCUACUAUUUUGUCGUAUAUCCAUGGAGACGAAUAUUAUGGUCAACAGGCCAAGCAACAACUUAUUAGAAACAGCACAAACACUGUUGCUUAUUUCAGAGAUUUCCUUGGACAAGACUUCAAGUCGAUAGACCCUACACACAGCCAUGCUUCUGCACACCCUUUGGACCACGAAGGCACCAUCGCAUUCAAAAUUCAAGAUAAGGAGGAGGGUGAACCAUCAACCGUCUCUGUCUCUGAGGUAACAACUCGAGUUAUCCGUCGUCUCGCACAAUCCGCAUCAGAUUACACCGGAAAACAAAUUAACUCGGCUGUCAUCACAAUCCCAACAAAUUUCUCCGACAACCAGAAGGCAGCUUUGACAAAGGCAGCAAACGAUGCAGGUGUUGAGGUUUUACAACUCAUCAAUGAGCCUGUUGCUGCUUUGUUGGCAUAUGAUGCAAGGCCAGAGGCCAAGGUUGCGGAUAAGAAUGUUAUUGUUGCAGACCUCGGAGGAACUCGCUCAGAUGUCGCAGUUAUCGCAUCAAGAGGUGGCAUGUAUACUAUUUUGGCCACUGCCCACGAUUAUGAAUUCGCUGGUGUUCACUUGGACCAGGUCCUCAUGGAUCACUUUUCCAAAGAGUUCAUCAAGUGGAACUCAAUCGACCCCCGUGAAAACCAACGCAGUUUCGCAAAACUCAAGGCAGAAGCCGAAGCUACCAAGAAAGCACUUAGUAUCGGACAAAACUCCAACUUCAGUGUUGAGAGUUUAGCUGAGGGCAUUGAUUUCUCUUCCACCAUUAACAGACUUAGAUACGAGACUAUCGGACGCAAGGUCUUUGAAGGAUUCAACAGAUUGAUUGAGGGUGUUGUAAAGAAGGCUGGAUUAGAUGCUUUGGAAAUUGAUGAGGUCAUCCUUUCUGGUGGUACAUCGCACACUCCAAAAAUCGCAUCUAACGUCCAAUAUAUCUACCCAAAUGCCACAGUUCUUGCUCCUUCCACCAGCCCUACCGCAAUCAACCCAUCCGAAUUGCAAGCCCGUGGAGCUGCUCUUCAAGCAUCUCUCAUUCAAGAAUUCGAUGCUCAAGAUAUUGAGCAAUCUACUCACGCUGCCGUCACUACCGUUCAGCACCUCACAAACGCCAUUGGAGUUCUUUCUAUCUCAGGAGAGACUGACAAGGGUGUUUUCACACCAAUUGUUGCUGCCGAAACUGCCGUCCCAGCCCGCCGAACUGUCGAAAUUGCUGCUCCUAAAGAAGGUGGUGAUGUUUUAGUCAAGAUUGUCGAGGGUGGAUCUCACAUCAAGGUCACUAAGCCAGAGCCAAAACCUAAAUCUACUGGCGCCAAGGUUGAGGACGCAAACUCUGAUGAUUCUGAGGAUGAUAGUAGCGAAGAGGAAGAAGAGGAGCAACGUGAGAAAAUCUGGAAGGUCGGAAAUGUUCUCGCAGAGGCCGCAGUCAGAGGUGUCAAGAAGGGUAGCAAGGUCGAAGUCAUGAUCAACAUUAGCAAGGAUUUGUCAGUUACUGUCACUGCACGCGAAGUCGGAGAGAAGGGAGGUGUUAGAGGAAACCUCGCAGCUCCUUCAAGCUAA